CUCGAGCCAGUGUCCGGGGCUCUGCUGCAGCGUCUUCCGCAGGUCUCGCGGCAGGCUAGCGGCUCCGUCGCCUCUCCGGCCCCAUGGCAGCCCCCGGCUCCCCGGCAGAGUGCGGCUACAUCCGGACAGUCCUGGGCCAGCAGAUCCUGGGGCAGCUGGACAGCUCCAGCCUGGCUCUGCCCUCCGAGGCCAAGCUGAAGCUGGCGGGGAGCAGCAGCCGCAGCAGCCAGGCGGCCAAGAGCCUGCGGAUCCAGGAGCAGGUGCAGCAGACCCUGGCCCGGAAGGGCCGCAGCUUGGUGGGCAACGGAAAUCUUCACCGAACCAGCAGUGUUCCUGAGUAUGUCUAUAACCUGCACUUGGUUGAAAAUGAUUUUGCCGGUGGACGUUCUCCUGGUACUAAAACCUAUGACAUGCUAAAGCCAGGCACCACUGCCACUUAUGAAAAUCGCUGGGGGAGAGGAACCGCACAGUACAGUUCACAGAAGUCCAUGGAAGAACGAUCCUUGAGGCAGCCUCUGAGGAGACUUGAGAUUUCUCCAGACAGCAGCCCUGAGAGGAUUCAUUACUCACACAGUGAUUACCAGUACAGCCACAGAAGCCAGACCGGACACACUUUGCGGCACCAAGACAGCAGGAGAUCCACCCUCCUUCUGCCACCUAGAUAUGCUCGCUCCGAGAUUGUUGGUUUCAGUCACUCUGCAGCCAUGAGCAAACAUCGCCACUAUGACACCUACCACAGACAGUACCAGUACGGCUCUGUUAACGACGCCGUUUUUGACCCUGUUCCCGUCAACCCGGUGGUGCUCACGUACCCCAGGCCAGGGACCAGUCACAGCAUGGGCAACCUUUUGGAGAAAGAGAACUAUCUGACUUCAGGGCCUGCCGCUGGGCAGGUCAGGCCACUGGUGCCGCUGCAGCCUGUCACUCAGAACAGGGCUUCUCGGUCCUCCUGGCAUCAGAGCUCCUUCCACAGCACUCGCAUGGUGAGGGAAGCCGGGCCCAGUGUCACUGUAGAUUCAGGCGGGAGGAGGACACACAUGACUGUUGGCCAAGUGGCAGCAGGUGGAGGAAGUGGGAACAUGCUCACGGAGAGAAGCGCUUUCACCGACUCCCAGCUCGGGAAUGCAGACGUGGAGAUGACUCUGGAGCGAGCAGUGAGCAUGCUGGAUGCAGACCACACACCAGCACCCAGAAUUUCUGCGGCAGCUACUUUCAUACAGCACGAGUGCUUCCAGAAAUCUGAAGCACGGAAAAGGGUUAAUCAGCUUCGUGGCAUCCCCAAGCUUCUGCAGCUCCUAAAAGUUCAGAAUGAAGAUGUUCAGCGAGCCGUGUGUGGGGCCCUGCGAAACUUGGUAUUUGAAGACAAUGACAACAAGCUGGAGGUCGCUGAACUCAAUGGGGUACCUCGGCUGCUCCAGGUGCUGAAGCAAACUAGAGACUUGGAGACUAAAAAGCAAAUAACAGGUUUGCUGUGGAAUUUGUCAUCUAAUGACAAACUCAAGAAUCUCAUGAUAACAGAAGCCUUGCUCAUCCUGACUGAGAAUAUCAUCAUCCCCUUCUCUGGUUGGCCAGAAGGAGACUACCCCAAAGCAAACGGUUUGCUCGAUUUUGAUAUAUUUUACAACGUCACAGGAUGCUUAAGAAACAUGAGCUCAGCAGGCCCUGAUGGGAGGAAAGUGAUGAGAAGGUGUGAUGGACUGAUCGACUCACUGGUUCAUUAUGUUAGAGGAACCAUUGCAGAUUACCAGCCAGAUGACAAGGCCACGGAGAACUGUGUGUGCAUCCUUCAUAACCUCUCCUACCAGCUGGAGACAGAGCUCCCAGACAGAUAUUCCCAGAGUAUCUAUAUUCAAAAUCGGACUAUCCAGGCCGACAACAACAAAAGUAUUGGGUGUUUUGGCAGUCGAAGCAGGAAAAUAAAAGAGCAAUAUCAGGACAUGCCAAUGCCGGAAGAAAAGAGCAACCCCAAGGGUGUGGAAUGGCUGUGGCAUUCCAUCGUGAUAAGGAUGUAUCUGUCCUUGAUCGCCAAGAGUGUCCGAAACUACACUCAGGAAGCGUCUUUGGGAGCUCUGCAGAAUCUCACAGCAGGAAGUGGACCAAUGCCAACAUCAGUAGCUCAGACAGUUGUCCAGAAGGAAAAUGGCCUGCAGCACACCCGGAAGAUGCUGCAUGUUGGUGAUCCAAGUGUGAAAAAGACAGCGGUCUCCCUGCUGAGGAAUUUGUCUCGGAAUCUCUCUCUGCAGAAUGAAAUUGCCAAAGAAACUCUACCUGAUUUGGUUUCCAUAAUUCCUGACACAGUCCCGAGUACUGACCUUCUCAUUGAGACUACAGCCUCUGCCUGCUACACAUUGAACAAUAUAAUCCAAAAUAGUUACCAGAAUGCACGGGACCUUCUAAACACUGGGGGCCUGCAGAAAAUCAUGACUAUCAGCUCAGGCGAUGUUUAUGCCUCCAACAAGGCAAGUAAAGCUGCUUCUGUUCUCCUCUAUUCUCUGUGGACGCACACGGAGCUCCAUAAUGCCUACAAGAAGGCUCAGUUUAAGAAGACAGAUUUUGUCAACAGCCGGACUGCCAAAGCCUACCACUCCCUUAAAGACUGAGAAAAUGAAACAGAGCUCUCCGAAAUCUCAACCAUCCGCAGCCAUAAAAAAGCCCCAGAGGAAAACACCUAUUUUUCUACUUCCCAGCCCAAGAAACCUCAAAAAAGCAUGCCCUGUUUCUUAUCCUUUUCUAUUUCCAUGGUCCCCAGAAUCCAGAACACAAAUAAUCAGAAUAAUAAUUUUAUUAGUUUUCCAGAAGAGUUUUGCAAGUUUGCUACCACUAGGCACUGGUAACAGGCUUGAUUUUAUCCUCCACUAGUAGUGGUCUUUGUGAUCAGGGCUUAUGGCACAGGGCCUCCUGGAAGCAAAACGUGGAUUCAUGUGGAAUGGAUAUAACAGAAUAAGGAAAGAAGUCAUUGUAUGACUAGGAUUUUAAAAGUUUGAUUUACAUUUACGUUCCUUUCCGGUCUCCAUGUUUUGUCACUCAAAUGCACGUUGUUUCACCUUUGAGCUACGUGUGUGUGGUUCUGCGGUGUUGAAACAGAAUGGAAAUGAUGAAGAAUACUGACAGAGUUAUCCAGGAGAAAUUUUCAUGGCAAAAUUAUAUGUUUGUUUACUCUAUGCUUGUUUUUAUCCUCUUGAAUAUUUUUUCUCUGAUUUUAAAUGAACUUAAAAGUUUUAGAUCACAGCGUGCAUGACUCUAAGAAAGUGAAAUUGAAAUGAUCAUAGCAACUUUAAAAAUCUUUUCAAAGGCAACUGUGCUUAUGAAAUUCAUUGUUCCCUCUAAACACCGUGUAAAUGCUUUUCUUGCUCAAGGAAAAUAUGAAUAACAACACCAUUAAAUGCAAAUCUCUUCUGAAUAGUAGGAUUCAGUGUGAUCUAUCUCCUGGACUUUUUCAGUUACUGCCCUGGGCUGAUAGAAAAAUGGACUCUAUAUUCUUCAGCUCCAAGAGGAACCAAAACCUCUCAAACAGCUGGGUGAGCCCAGGGCACUGAAAACACAGUUCAUUUUAAUGAAUUGCAUUAUCAACCAGCCCAACUUUGCCCAACAUUUAAAAAAAUAGCGCAGAGCCUCUAAAUCUCAUGUGAUCUUCCUCAAGCCUUUAUUUUAAAUGAAGGAAACUCUAGAGCAAAAAAUGAAGACGUUAUAUUGAGGGAAAAUAUUUCAAGGCCACCCAGAAAUGAUAUGAGAAACACUAAUGUUGAAAAGUUGACAACCUCGUUUGUCGAAGCAAACACUCUGUCAAGUGUUCUUUUAACUGAGCUCUGAUUAAUACCAUUUCCAUAGAAUUAGUCUUCUCAAUUACAAUUCUGUUAUAUUUUGCUUUUUUAAAAAAAAUCCAACAAUGUUUGCUGUAAGAAAGUAGGAAGGAAAAAUGUCUUUCAGCUCCUUUUGGCCAGAAAAGUGUAAUAGAAAAUAAAUUCCCAUUUUCAGUUUGAA